AUGGUUUAAUUUAAUAUAUUCUUCAUUACCACAAGGUGGCGUAUAAAGAAUAAGUAGUAGUAACCCGAUUCAGUCUAACUGGGCGUGUAUUUUCGUGCGAUCGAGCGGAGCAGAGACACCUUUAUUUUUUCACUUCCUUCAAGCAGCGGCGACGGACGAUCGAGACAACGCAGUCCGUCGUACGGGUUUCGUCACAAGAGGACAACAAUACUGUGGUUUCUGAGCAAACUAAAGGCAAGGAGCUGAAAUGUAAUUGCAAGAACUUGAUUCAGCAGUGGCUUCGGUAUCUGUCAUCAUGGCUUCUGUGAAAAUUGUCCGUGCGAGAUACAGAACAUUUCCCACUCUUUUUGAAUUGCAAAAUGUGAAGCUGGCUAUUGCAGAAGUGGACUGUAUCAUUGCCAAAAUGGAACGAGAAAAAGAGGCUCCAGCCACCGUGGAAGAAUUUGAGAGUGACGUCCGCUCUCUCAAUUUCCUUGCCUAUUUGUACCUGCGUCAACUCCAGCCUGACAAGGCCAAGCCCUUAGUGGAGGGCGCCCUACAGAAGGAGCCACGCAACGUGACGGCCCUUGCCAACAAGUGUGAAUUGCAUCUGCAGUACUUUGAAAUUACAGAAGCGGAAGCAGCAUUGCAAACUUUGGAGAGGGAAAGCGAAAACAAGGAGUCAUUCGCCAUCGCUUUGUCAGAGGUGGCUUACAGCCUGUCUCGAUGUGGGCCUUGCUCGCAUCUGUCGGCAGCCACAAAGUUUGCAGAGGCCAUCGAGGUGGGUCAGAGUCGAUGCUUGCCUGAUAAGCUCGUGGCUUGGCAUUAUGGAAUGGCUUUGAGCUACAACAGGAGUUUGGUUCUGGAACACAUUUUGGAAAAUCCAAGCGUUGAUGUGGAAGAAAACUUUCAAAUGGCAAUUACGGCACUUGCCUACGUCGUUAAGUCAGAUCACAAGUUUCUGAAGGCUAAAGCGUACGUGACUCUGGGUGAAAUCACAAACAAGUAUUGGAGAGAUGUCAAGCGCGUCAAACGCAACAUAUCGGACGCAAUUGUGAAGCUGCCCGAGGAAAGCCUGAAAGUCUUUGAGUGCUUCGAAAGAGCGUACGAACUGGCGCCUGAUGACCACUGGGUCCUGGGGCGAUUCGGAAGGCACCUGCGACACAUAAAGCAACACGAGCGGGCUCUGGAGAUGUUAAACAGGGCAUGCGACCUCUGCCCCUCGGCCUUUGCCCACCACCACCAGGGACUUGUGUACCGCUCCAUGGCAUAUGAGGCUGAUAAUAAUGUUAAUGCAGGUCGAGGCACGAGCCACAGAGGACAUCCCAGAAGCAGGGGAUAUCAACGACGAGACAGUGAAGGAAGAGGUGCGCAUGGUGGAUUAACUGCAGAGGCAGAUAUCUAUGAUUCGUUUUCUGCAAUAAGCCUUGAAAACAAAGACCAGCGACCAGCUCAUAGUGAGCAGUCCAUUGUGUCACCUCUUUUCUCUGUUCCACGCAGAGGGAGGAGAAUGGGAAGACAUCACUGUUCACGAACACCAGGUCGUUUACAAUAUUAUACUGGCACUCGCAGUGAUAAUGAACAAAGAAGAGGCAGAGGUAACACAGUCGCUCUGCAGGAUUACCGAGGAUGGAACAAAUUAGGUCAUGACGGACGUAGUUACCAAAGACAGGACCAAGUUUUAAGCAAUUGCAACACAUCUUCUGGAUAUCCACCAUACAGGCCCUUGCCAGAGCGGGCAACCUUUACCCAUGUCACAGAUCCUCGGGCAAAAUAUUAUAUGGAUCUUGCCAUUGAAUGCAUCAAAAAGGGCAUAGAACUGUCAAAUGAAACGGCCCACGCCUUGCUGGGGACUUUAGCUGAAAUUUACUUAUCAUUGGGCAAGCAUGAGGAAGCUGAUGAGUGUUUCCGUAAGUCACUGCAAGAAGAUCAAUAUGUCACACACCUUUCCCGUGCUCGGACACUGGAGGCAUGGGGCCUGGCCACGAAGAAGCGUGGAAUGUUGGAGAAAAGCCAUAAUUACUUUCGCAUGGCUAUUGAAUAUGCAGCCAAAGUAAAAAUUACACAGAGGGUGGCCUUUCAAUUAUUUAUGCACCAACUGAGGGAUUGUCGUGACCCGACACACAAAGACCUUCUGUACCAAUCAAAAUUUUUUGAGCUUGUAGGCCGCCACGGCGAUGCUCUCAAGUUACUUUAUGAAGCGCACAGCAUGAAACAGGAUCCAGAAGUACAAUAUAGCAUCAUCAAGAACCUGGCCGCAAAGAAAGAGUACCAGAAGGCGCUGACCUCUUGCGUUAUGCUGCAAUGCACGGAUUCUGCAGACGUUAUAGAUGACCGUGACCUGGUAGACAUCUCUUUUGGCGCUGCCAAGCAGAGGAUGGCGGAUCUUUCUCUGCAGAAUUCGCAAGUACUGCGGAACAUCUAUGACCGCCUGCUAAGGAAUUCGUGCAAAGAGCACGAGGUGUUCAUCUUCCAUAACGAGGACGAUAAAAGUGUAGCUUUGGCUGAAAAUGUUCAGGAGCUCGCAAAAGAAAUGGCACAGGUUGAGUGUGUCCCCCUUUGCUGUGUGCCAGGUGGCCAGAUAUUGGUACAAAGUAUCGCGGAGGUACCAGAAAGUUAUGACGCGAUCAUUGUGAUGGUGACUCCAGAGUUUGUUAGAAACGAUGCAGCGAAGAGGCUCUGCCUUUUCCUGCUGCAGGGGUCUUGCGUCCUGCUGUGCCUGUGUGCGCCCUGCGUCUCCGAAGACGACAUUCCUCAGGCCCUGAAGGCAGCGCACCGCGCGUUACUUCCUCAGGGUCUGUGCUGCGAAGCUUUCAAAGACAUCAAUCCAUUGCAAAAGCUCGACGUGUGGAGAAACAUCUUUGACCAUUUAUGGGCCGCUAAAAAUGCUGCAUAAAUGAUGGACAGUACUGAGAAUUGUUGCUGCAGUGAAACUGCGCCAGUCCACGUCGGGCGUAGGUGACGCUGUUUGUAGAUCCUCCCAUUUGCGAUUUGCCACGAAAAAGACACGACUUUCCUCCUCAAGAGAAAACAUCGCAGAGGAGAGAGGCGUUUUUUUCCCAUGCCAUUCCCGAAAUCUGAGAAUGAUUCGCAGACUUUUAUGGAAUUGAGCCUUUUACAUUCAUGUACAGUAUAUAUGUAUAUGUUUAGACUAUGUAUGUGUAGACAUACUAUACACAUACCUGUCAACCCAUACGGCGUACAGACGUUUCAAUACGGGGAAAAUAAAUGCUAUUUGUU